CCAGCGUCAGUCAGUAGCGGUUUGGAGACGAAACCGUCCAGACACUUAGAUUAUUAUUCGUGAGGCGCCGGAGGACUCAGCCGGGACACUCGACACAUGAGAGCUUCGUCGUUCGAGACCGUUAGGGACAUCCUCCGGUAGUACCUAGGAUAACAUCAACCCUUGGACACCCUGAAACUUAACCGGAUUUUUUAAGGUCUGCGUCACCUGUAAAGUAAUCUGGAUUAAGACUGCAAGCACAGAAGCCCAAAGUUGUAACAAAAAUCGUCUCAUAACUAAAAAAAAAAAAAGCUUGUUGUAGAGCAUACCUUUACGCUCAAAAGUUGAGGAAAAAUAGGCCAAUAGACCGACCAUCGGAUGUCUUGCGUUCCAAGUGAAGUAGCAACACUGUUCUAAGGGAAACCUGACGAAUUCAUAUAAGAGAAAAGGAGACAAAAAGGUCAUACUCGGAGAAAAUGACGGCGAAUCGCCUAGAUCCAAAUACGGGGCAGGCCUACGAGGCGGCGCCCACGCCCGAUGGAAAGAAUCUGGGGGACCUGGAGGAAAAAAUCAAGGAGGAUCUUAUGGACCAAGAACCAGACGACAUCGAACAGAUUUUGAACAGCGAGGAAAAACGAUACCUCUUGUACGUUGAAAGGGGAGACGUGGCUUCUGUUAGGCACAUCGUGAAGAAGGGGCUGAAGCAGAACACGAAGAAGAAGGGAAGUUUCAACAUCAAUUGCCUCGAUCCGCUGGGGAGGUCUGCCCUCAUCAUCGCCAUCGAGAAUGAGAAUCUGGAUAUGAUGGACCUUUUGCUCCAACAAGAAAUUUGCCCAGCGGAUGGACUCCUUCACGCUAUCGCGGAAGAAUACGUCGAGGGGGUGGAAAUCUUGCUGGUUCAUGAAGAGAAGAUCCACGUUCCGGGUGAACCUUACUCAUGGCAAAAACUAAAGGGAGAGAGAUCGACGUUCACGCCCGACAUCACGCCGCUGAUCAUGGCCGCCCACAGGAAUCACUACGAGAUUCUCAAGCUGCUGCUCGACAGGGGGGCGACCAUCCCCAUGCCCCACGACAUCAAGUGCGCCUGCGAUGAGUGUCUGGUCUCGGACGCCAGUGAUUCUCUCAGACACUCCCUUGCGAGGAUCAACGCCUACAAGGCCUUGGCGUCACCUUCGCUCAUCUGUCUUUCGAGCAAAGACCCCUUCAUCACCGCCUUCAGCCUGAGCGAAGACUUGAAGAAGCUCUCCACCCUGGAGAACGAGUUCACCGAGCAGUACACUGCGUUGAGGAAACAAGUGCAGGAAUUCACAAUGGCAUUGGUAGAUGAAACAAGAACCAGCACUGAACUGGAAAUCAUCCUUAACUAUGACCCUGAGGGAGAACCUUACAAACAGGGGCAGUUCAUGCAUUUUACGCAGUUGAAGGAAGCAGUCGACAGCAACCAAAAGCAGUUCGUGGCUCACGCAAACGUGCAGCAACUACUGGGGAGGGUGUGGUACGACGGCAUGCCUGGAUUCAAGAGGCGCAGUCCGCUGGAACAGCUACUGGAAAUCGUGCAAAUUGGGGCUUUGUUCCCUCUGUACUGCUGCGCUUUCCUCCUCGCGCCAGAGAGCAGGCUUGGUUCGUGUCUCAAGAAACCGUUCAUCAAGUUCAUCGUCCAUUCGGCCUCCUACUGCUUCUUCUUGACUCUUCUGGUGAUCGUAUCUCUCCGCGUGGAGACCUUCGUCAUAGAGCUCUUUGGCACUGACUGGAUGAUAGAGCGACUGCGGAAGCAAGAGAGGGAAGCCAGAGGCGGCUGGCCCUCCUUCACGGAGCUCCUCAUCGUCGUCUACAUCUUCGGGUUCAUAUUGCACGAACUCAAGACCCUAUGGGAUGAGGGCUUGCUCAGUUACAUCAAGGACCUGUGGAACUUCGUCGACUUCGGAGCAAACUUCUUCUACAUGAACUGGAUUUUCUUACGGUUAACGGCACUUUUCCUGACCCAGCGCGCAGUCUGGUCUGGCCUUGAUCCUUACUACCCAAGGGAAAUGUGGCCUCCGUUCGAUCCCUUGCUGUUGUCUGAGGCCAUGUUCUGCGCUGGCAAUAUAUUGAGUUUCCUGAAGCUGAUCCACAUCUUCAGCAUCAACCAUCACAUGGGACCCCUUCAGAUUGCUCUCGGCAGAAUGGUGGUCGACAUUAUCAAGUUCUUCUUCAUUUACACUCUCGUCCUUUUCGCCUUUGGAUGUGGUCUGAACAAUCUGCUGUGGUACUACGCUGAUAUAGACAAGUCCAAAUGCUACUCACUUCCUGGCGGUAUGAUGAACCCUAAACAAGGGAGAUCGUGCACGAUUUGGAGGAGGUUUUCCAACUUGUUCGAGACGUCCCAAUCGCUGUUCUGGGCAUCCUUCGGUUUGGUUGACCUAACCAACUUCGAACUGACGGGCAUCAAGAGCUUUACCCGGUUCUGGAGUAUGUUGAUGUAUGGGUCGUACAACGUCAUCAACGUUAUCGUACUGCUGAAUCUCCUCAUCGCCAUGAUGUCUAACUCGUACACGAUCAUCGUCGCCAAGUGUGACGUCGAGUGGAAGUUCGCCCGAUCCAAGCUGUGGAUGAGCUAUUUCGAGGACGGAGACGAAGUGCCCGCGCCCUUCAACCUCAUACCCAACCCUAAAGCCUUCACCAACAAGAAGCCCGCCACCAGGGCCUCCUUCAAGAACAAGAGGGACAGUCUGAGAGACACUCAGUAUCAUAACGUGGCCCGUAAUCUGGUCCGACGUUACGUCACCAUGGAGCAGCGCAGGGGUGACGAGGCUGAGAUCACGGAGGAUGACAUCAAUGAGGUUAAGCAGGACGUCAGUAGUUUCAAGUACGAGCUCCUCAAUAUCUUGAAGAUCAAUGGAUGGAUGACGGGCAACAAACACCUUCAAGAAAACACUGCCGUAGGGAGAAAGCAGGCCAUGAGAGAGAGGCGUCUUAUGAAGGGCUUCAAUAUCGGUCUAGUGGAGGGCAUCAGCUCAAGUGACGCCUUGAUCAAUCUCGUCUUGAAGGCCACUGCAGUUAAGAAAGCCAAGAAAGACUGGAACAGCAGGGUGCGCAAGAGCGUCCGUAGGAGAGAUCCCAUCGGUUCGUCAAGCACAAUUGCCACAAGACAGACUCUGCGGAUGAGCGCUCGUGAUGGUAGCAAGUCCUGGGGACAGAUCAAGUUCUACCAGCGACGAGGUGUCUUCGCAGGAGGAGAGAUCAACGAGAGAAUGCUGACCGAGAUUAAGAGUAGAAUCGCGGAUAAGAAGCCUGCUGAGAGCAAACUGAAGGGCUGGAGAAGGCUGCAGAAGCUACACGAGAAAGGCGGUUUGAUGAGACAAGAUACGCCCCCAUCGUCUGGCGAGGCAUCCCCAGCGUGUACUCCUACCCCCAGACAGCUAUCCUCAGUGAAGACCGUUCCACAGUGUGCUUCCCCACCAACAAAACCUGCAUCACCUGUCAAAAUGAACCCUAAACCUGCUCCUCCAGAACCAAAACCCGCCCCUGUCAAGGCAGAACCUAAGCCCUCUGCCUCAGAGCCAAAGCCUGCACCUGUUAAGGCAGAGCCUAAGCCUUCUGCCUCAGAACCAAAGCCUGCACCUGUUAAGGCAGAACCUAAGUCUCCUACCCCAGAACCAAAGCCCACGCCUGUCAAGACAGAGCCUAAACCUCCAUCCCCGAAAGCACAGCCGGCUACUAGACCCAAGACGCCUCCUACAAAGGAAACCGAAGCGCCAAAGGCACCUCCUCCUGCAGCGUCGCCCAAGCCUCCUGAGAAGCCACAGGCAUCUGGUAUUUCUGCCUUGACACAGCAAAAGAGAACCGGCUGGCUUUAAACCUCUCUAGAAAACAGUGGAGCGUUCACCUCCUUUCCUUUGAAACUGGGAUCUAAUGUCCCAGGUUUGUCUCAGCGACAUUGCUUUAAGACAUCUGCUGUUUACAUUCUCCAAAGGGGAGAAGAAAGUUCUUCUAGAUGUUUCAUUUGUAUCGCCCAUAUACUCCACUGAAACCUGAAAAUGAAAGAAAGUUCUCGCUUCCAACUCGAAA